UCAUACACCAAUGAUCUCGACGCCGCGCCCGCCAUCCGUGCGCAGCCUCGGCACCGACUAUGGUGACCCCAUUGCCGCUAUCCUUCGUCCGCCCGCUGGAGAGACGGAAAGUGAACGUCAGCUGAGACUCCAGCGAGAGGCGGAAGCCAAGAGAAUCAGCGAUGCUAUCGAUGAGGAAUUAAGGGCUGAGGAGAGGCGCUUUAGGAAGCGGAAAGAAGAUGUUAGGCUUCUUCUCCUCGGCCAGGCCGAGUCCGGAAAAUCUACUCUUCAGAAGCAGUUCCAGCUCAUGUACAACCCCAACUCGCUGGAAGAAGAGCGGCUGUCCUGGCGUCCGGUGGUGUACUACAACAUCGCUCGCCCAGUGCGUCGCAUUUUCGAGGUCAUUGACGCUUAUGGCGAGUUCGAGGAAGAUGAAGACGCUAUGCAGGUGGACACGAAUAGCGAGAACAUAGACCCUGACUCAAAGCGUGGCUCCUCAGUCUCCGGCUCGCAAGGCUCAUCGACAGCCGAAAAGCGACUGACAACUCUCCGGUACCGUCUGGGGCCCCUGCUAGCUGCAGAAGCUUCCCUCGCUGAGCGACUCGCCGGCGGACAGCCUACCCCUACCAAGGGCAACCUUUUUGUUCGCUCGGGUUGGCAAGCCCGGUCGUUGCUCAGCAGAGCCCGCAUGCGCGAUCGGAGUAGCUUGACGGGUCAGCGCAAGUCUCUAGAGAAUGGCGCACCGAGGAGCAGCGAGGAUUCCACCAUCGUCAUCGAGAGGGACAAGUUAAUUGAGGAUGUCGCAAAAAUUCUUCACGCUUGCGCGGAUGACAUCAAAGAGCUCUGGGAACAUCCGACCGUCCAGCGGCUGAAGGAGAAGCGACGACUGCGACUUGAGGAGUGGGCGGAAUACUUUUUGGACAAUAUCGGUCGGGUAUCCGAGACUGGCUAUGUGCCGACCACUGAUGACAUUCUCCAUGCCCGGAUACAAACAAUGGGUGUCGCUGAGCAUAUAUUCGACGUCUCGCUGCAUGGUCGCACGGUAACAUGGCACCUGUUUGAUGUGGGUGGUGCUCGGGGUCAGAGACAUACCUGGGCACCCUACUUCGAUGAUGCAUCUGCCAUUAUCUUCAUGGCCCCGGUUAGCGCAUUUGAUCAGUACCUUGAAGAAGACCCGCGCACAAAUCGGAUCGACGAUUCACUACAGCUGUUCACACAAAUAUGCUCGAAUAAGCAUUUGAAGAAUGCUCACCUCGUGCUUUUCCUCAAUAAGACAGACGUGCUGAAGGCGAAGAUAGCGAGAGGUGUUCAGGUGAAGAAGUACAUCACUUCAUUCGGGGACCGUCCGAACGAGUUCGACUCUGUCGUCGGGUACUUCCGCGCACACUUUACACAAGUGCACAAGAAGAACAACGAGAACAUGCGUGUCCUAUAUACUCAUCUGACCAACGUUGUCGACAAAACCGCCACGCAGAGGAUUAUCACCGACAUCCGAGAUUCCAUAUUCCGGGUGUACCUCAAGGAUGCUGCCCUCGUGUAGCACUUACACCCCAUUUCGCCGCCAGUGACGAUUCGACACGACUGUUUUAGACCAUCAGUUCGCCUCUUGCAGUAAACGCUACGCUACCGGCUUAUACCCUAUAAUGGUUCCUGAAAGUCCGCCUCUUUAUUCCCUGUCAUCAUCCUGCAUUUUUCUCCUCGCCACUUCUUUGUUGUUUGUACCACCAUCUCUCUCGCUGGUGCCUACUGGCCGCCCUCUGUUGUUCAAGACUGCAUGUGUGUAUUCCAGUAGGAUCCCCGAUCAGUAAACACCAUCAGCUUUGCGGGCGUAUCUUGAUAGCUUGUUUGCCGACAAUUCCGUUGCCUGCGUCGGCCCGCUCGAAGACGUCGGGGCGCCGGAACCUGGAUGUUUGGCCGUGUUUGGCAAAGGCCUCCGACCGUUGCCAAAUGGAGAGUGGCGAACGCCUCUGCGGCGACGACCAGUAAUGAUCCACCACUACGCCUACCUACGACGCGCUCCUACUUUUCCCGCGUGCCUCCAGGUUAUGGUCAACCUGCUUCCUCAUCCGGAUUGUGCCUGUGCGCACCGCUCUCCUGUCUGUUCCGACCCUGGGCGCACGGAGACCUGCUGGUGGGCGUCCAAAGGAAAAUCCGGCCCUAUUCGUCUAUCUGCGGGUGAAAUUGGAAGAGAGGGUAGUGCCCGCAGAAAGCCAAGGGCCUCCGGGAAGAGCGCGUUACGACGUUUCCCGCGGAGUAUCCGCCGAGGCAGCGCAAAGUGCCUUCCAAAUUUGGAAUGACGCCAUCCGUGCUGUGGGCGAAGUAUUCGUCCUCUGUCCUCUCAUCCACCCCUGGGAACGUCCUGAUGGUGCUAUGCUUCUUGUGGGUAUGACUAUGCAUCCCCGGAAUACACUUCUAGCCUUCUGGGCCGUGCUGGUGGCUGCUGGUGGCUGAUCACGCGGGGGGGACGCUCAUAUGCACAGAUUCCGCGUUCUCUCUAGCUUAAUCAUUUCUAUGAAUCGAAGCGCUAACUUGGCAAUGAUAGACACACCACCUGCUCACCGGUUUCCUGAUGCUGAGAGUGCGCGGUCGACCAGGCUCAGGUACCAGAGGAUGCCGUGCGAUUGGUGUCCACGACCGCACCACCUGCGCAGGCCCCUCGGAUACAAUCGGAAAGAUCGUGCGCGAUCUUACUAGCUAGCAAGAGCCGUACCGUGCCACACACGGGCCGUUUCGUGUCGUUUAGAAGCACCGUGCGUCGCGCGGCUGCGGCCCACGACGCGACUUGAUGCAUUCGGCCGUUUCACAAGUUCCCAUCCCUAUCUGCCAUUCGGGGUUCCGCGCAUGCUUUUUCUAUUGAGGGGCUUCCGGCCGUUCGCGAGGUCUUGAUGAAAAAAGAUGCACCCAUGGGUUUCACGAGCCUCUCAUGACCUGCG